UCUCUGUUCCUCCAGAUGGCAAAAAAACAGAGCUACUUGAAGAUGAUGACUGAAUCGGAUGCCGCCGAUUUGAUCAGCAGCGAUUUCAAAGAGCUCGGCGCUGCUGCUAAGAAGCUCGCCGGCCACGCCGUCCGCCUCGGCAGCUUGGGAUUCGGAACUGCUUUUCUCAAAUGGGUUGCUUCGUUUGCUGCAAUCUAUCUGUUGAUCUUGGAUCGAACAAACUGGAAAUCGAACAUUCUUACAGGGCUAUUGAUCCCCUACAUUUUCUUUACCCUUCCUUCAAUAUUGUUCAACAUCUUCAGGGGAGAGAUUGGAAAAUGGAUUGCUCUCGUUGCUGUUGUCUUACGGCUUUUCUUCCCUAAACGUUUCCCAGACUGGCUGGAGUUGCCCGCAGCGUUAAUUCUUCUUAUAGUGGUUGCUCCUAGUUUAUUGGCGGACACCGUGAGAGGCGACUGGAUUGGUGUGGUAAUAUGUCUUCUCAUCGCCGGUUAUUUGCUGCAAGAACACAUCCGGGCAGCUGGUGGGUUCAGAGACGCUUUCACCAAAGCUGGUGGAAUAUCGAACACUAUUGGCAUAAUCAUUCUGUUCGUCUACCCUGUUUGGGCGAUUGUUCUUUAUAUCUUGUAGAAACUUUCACUGCCAUGCUUUACCAUCAUGAUUCAUUUGGAGUGUUUUUGAGUUUCUACAUUUUCUCGAGUUCCUUUUUGUGUCGUUAUUUCAUGUAAUUCGUGCUUUCGUUGUAUUUUGCGUGCAUGUCGUAUUGUUUGUAAUCAUGAAAAUGUGACCUGAAACCUUGUUGAAGACGCAGUUCAUCUUUCUCGCUUGUUGAAAGUAUAUUUGUUUAUGGAUAA